GCUCCGGCUGGGAAAAGAGAGGAGUCAGGCAUGUGUUUGAAUAGAAACGCUCAGAACACUAGAGACGAAGGAGGGAAGGCAAGUUGUGGGAAAUCCCCAGACUGCUCGUCCCCGGUUAGGACAGCCGGGGUCAAUCGGCCAACGUGUGAAAUCACACGCCGGGCCUCCGUCCCGGUGCCGUGGCCCAGCUCCCUCCUCUGCUCCGAGUUCUCCUUCUCCCCCCUGCCUGAUCGACUCUUCUCAGACCUCCCGAGCUAGUUUCCGUACCUCCUCCAAAUGGAAGCCACAGUUAGGCCUGCAGGGUCAUCAUCCAUAGCCUCUAAUCUUAUAAUAAUCUGUGUUCCUCUACGCCUUCCAACUCCCUUUUCGUUCUCUUGCAAGGCUACCCUAUUCUAAACCUAUCCUUGUGAUUCUAGCAAAAGAAUAUUUUAGCAAACAUUUAAGUUUGUGUUUUAAGAAAACUCCCCUGUGGCCACGUAGAUGGUCAAAUGGAGUAGGGAGAAACUGGGGGCAAUAAAUUAGGUAUUUAUUGAUAGAAUAUGUGGAGGCAGGAAAAUAAAGGGCUAAUGUUAAUAGUUUUAUGUAGUUGGAGUGCAUCGAGUAUUAAUGUGUUGCAAUUGUGAUAUAGUAAAUGAAAAAAAAAAGCUAGUUAUAAAACCAUAUUCAGUAUGAUCUCAUUUUUAUAAAAAAUAUGUAUGUAGAAAAAUGUCUGGAUUGAAGACCUCAAUGGCUGAAGGCGAGAGGAAGACAGCUCUGGAAAUGGUUCAGGCAGCUGGAACAGAUAGACACUGUGUGACAUUUGUUUUGCACGAGGAGGACCAUACCCUAGGAAAUUCUCUCCGUUACAUGAUCAUGAAGAACCCAGAAGUGGAAUUUUGUGGUUACACUACAACCCAUCCUUCAGAGAGUAAAAUUAAUUUACGAAUUCAGACUCGAGGUGCUCUUCCAGCUGUUGAGCCAUUUCAGAGAGGCCUGAAUGAGCUCCUGAAUGUCUGCCAACAUGUGCUUGACAAGUUUGAGGCCAGCAUAAAGGAAUAUAAGGACCAAAAAGCAAGCAGAAAUGAAUCCACAUUCUAGUCCCUGUGCACUAUAGAGGGAGGAACAUCCUCUGGGAUAUUUUCUUCGUGAUCUUGCAAAACCCAGAAAUAGAAGUUUAUGAUUACAACAUGAUCUGCUCUUCAGAAAGGUGUGAUUCUAGCUAUUAACUCAUUACAGCUGUGGGAAUCCCUGCAAGAACCUUUGUAUUCUAAUAAAUUCCCUCUUUAAACUAA